GGGCCGACCCAUCAAAACCUUCAUCAGACCCAACUCCUUCCUUCUUCAACAUAAUGGAUCGGCAACUCUCCUCUCGUCAGACUUCAGCGAAGGCGUCCCGGGUGGAUGGCAAUGACCGGCGACUGAGAAUUUGGCCCCUCACGUCAUUGAGUUUUCUGUCCAAUCCAGCCAAGAAUUCAUACAAUCGUUCAUUCUCUACCCUCUUCUUAUAGCGAACUAGGGCAAUUCCACUGUUCAUCCAUACUAAGGUCUAAUUCCUGCCAUAAAGAGGUCAUCUCCAUAUGGUAUUCAGUGACACUUCGGUCUCCUUGCUUUGCCUUCCAGAGUUUGGUCUCAAUUUCGAAAAUUUGGGAUGCAUCCUCUGUGUCGGAGUACAUCUCACGAAGGCUAUCCCAUAUAUCCUUUGCAGUUGCCAUGAAGAGGUAAAUCUUGCUGAUUGAAGGUACCAUAGAGUUGACAAGCCAUGACAUAAACAUAGAAUUUUUAGAUUCCAUUUUUGUUGGAGAACGGGAUCCGCAGGUUGCUUCAUUUCGCCGGUAAGGUACCCACUUUUUCCUUUCCCUUCGACCACUAACUUAAUGGAUUGAGCCCAUUCUCUAUAAUUCCUACCAUUGAGCUUCUCGAUUGUGAGUUGAAAAGCAGAAUUAUCAACUUCAAUUGAAGUCACAGGGUGAACAGAUUCGGUCUCACUAGUUUCGGAAUGGAGGGUGGUUGAGUUUUUACUAUUGGCAGUGGUUUCUACCAUUGAUAGCCGGGUUUGAAUUUACCCGUGCUCUAAUACCACGUAGAAAACAGAGAAAAUACCAUUUUUUUUUUUAAUAAAUAUCUUACACCUCGAUCUCUCUUUAUAUACUACAAUACAAUUGAUUUGGAAGGAAAGAAAACAUUCUAUCUUAAGAAAGGCAAAAUUAUUUCCUAAACUAACUCUGAUUAUUCCAUACAACAUAUAUUACAAUCUCCUAUAAUUAGUACGUGAUUUCCACAUGUAACAUAUAUGGGAGAUAGAUAUAUUAACUAAUUCUGUAGCAUGAGUGAUGCAGGAUCAACUGACACAAUUAAAGGAGAAAGAAAACAAAUCUAUGAAGAAGAGAUUAAAGAAAGAACGAUAGAAAAUCCAAUAGAAUAGACUAGAAAAGAGAGGAAUUUUGCCACAAUCCACCAAAAAUUUAUUCAAUCAUCAACUGUUUCAAUUUCACGACAAACUAGAUUUAAAUAGCAAAACAAACCCCUAAAAAAAACCUCAAAGGGCUUAGGCCAAAUCCAAUAAUAUAACAUAAAUAAUAGUCAAAAUGCAAACAUAAAAUAAUAAAUGGAUGUUCGCAUCAACUCUCCUGUGGUGGGAGAAAUCUUGACCCCGUCGAGUGGACAAAACACAAAAAGCUGCGGUCGACAUGAUACCAAAAAGGUUCCAUACCAUAUCUUCAUUCAGUGCUAAGCAUUUAAACUCAUGUUACGGGGGACGAUCUUUUUGAAGAAUCAAAUAUCGAAGUUCAACAAUUGAUAACAGUGAAAGCUGUGGCUUAUCCUCAUGGAUAUUAUCCACCCAAGGAGGACGAUCUCUCUUUUUAAUCAAAUACCGAUACUGAUCUCAAAAUAAUAAACACUCAUGCAUCUUAUUUCCAAAAUCUUCAUGUGAUUAUGCACAAUAAGGAGCAUAAGAAGUUAGCACCGAAGGCUGCCCUGUACAGACAAAAGAUUGCAACAUAGAAGGCUCGAAUGGGCCCCGAUUAGGAAACAAUUCUUAUACAAAAUAUAACUUUUACUAAAGUGAUAUGGCCACUCAAAUAGGAAAUCUUUAUAUGAGAGAUCAACAAACUUUUUCUUCACAUUUUUGGGAAAUCGGAUAAAAGAGAUACGCAAUAAAGUAUAGUAAUUAUCAUAAGAAUACCUUAACUUAUAUUGUACGUCGAAAGUAAGUUCAAAAAUUUGAUGAUUGGAAAUGAUUUGACCUUUUAAUUUGACCUUUUAACUUGUCAUGAAAUUUAAGAACAUUAUCAAUAGAAUGAUAAGCUGACACAGCAUAUCGAUAAUUAGUGGGUAACCUCCUAAUGUUAAUAGGAAGAGUGUGCAAUCGAAUAAUGGCCCUAGAGAACAAUGUGGUAAAUCGUGGAAUCUUAUGUAAUUGAGGGAGAACUAACAAAUUCAACAUGAAAGUCAUGCAACAUAGUAGGCCUAAGAUCUAGGACAUCUGAAAUGUUUUAUUUCGAUGGCAUUGCUUUAUACACUUUCUCAAUUUAUGUCAAUGUUAAGUGUAUUGGAAAUCAUAAUCUCUAAUCAUGUGGGAUAAGCAAGGUAACAUUGAAAUUAAUCGGUUAACGAUUUUAGCCAAGUAAUGUAAAAGUUAUAGCCUUACAAAUAUGUGCAUCACUGUAGGCAGCCAGGAGGGACGUAAGAAUUAUGUAGACCCCCCCUUCCCCUUUUAGUGCUUGUUUGGUAUAGAUUUUAAACUAAUUAAAAUCAAUUUUUUGAUCAUUAUUUCACUAUUUCAACUAUCAUUUUUGAAUUUUUCUCUUACAGGUAGGAUCCACUUUAUCUCUAAUGGUCAAAAAAUCAAUUAUCAAAAUCCCUACCAAACAAGCACUUAGGUUAUUUCAUGUUUACCCAGGGUCCUUUAUAAUCUCUAAUCUGAAGUAGUCGAAUUUCGUCUUAUUUUUAUGGAUGAUAUUCAUGGAUGUGUUAAUGUAUUUGAUUCUAAAUUAUGUAAAUCACAUGAUUCCUUACCCCUUUGUUAUCUCAGACUGUCAUACUUCAGAAAUUUCAGCUGUUUGAUGAUGAUAAUGGUCAUUGUUACAAUUUAACAUAGUUUGUCAGUUACUUCUCUCUUUUCAUUCUUCUUUAGUCCAUGGUUUACUUACUCUUCAUCUACGGGUAAAACUUGACUUCCUAAAAGUUGGAUGCGAAGAUUUUGGUGGCCAGAGGGUGUCUAAAAUGGAAUUAAUGCAAGCUGUUUUGUGGCCUCAGAAACAUAAGGAUGCUAUCAAACAAAUUUGGGACCCACCCUCCUGGCAUAUUGUUGUUUGGUCCUCCAGGAUGCAGCAAAACUCUAAUGGCUUGUGUAGUAGCUUGUGAAGCCGGGAUGGAAUUUUCAUGCAGUAAAGGGCCCUCAGCUUUAUGACAAAUGGGUUGGUGAAUCCGAAAAGAAUGUAAAAUCUUUAUUUAAAAAGGCACAGGCAACGUCCCUAUCAAUGAUAUUUUUUGAUGAAAUAGAUGGACUAGUCACAGCUCGUGGGGAAGAAGGUGAUGAGGUUUCAGUUGGUGAUCAAGUUAUAACUCAAUUACUUAAUGAAUUGGAUGGUGUGCGUGGAAGGGUUGAUUUCACUAUUAUUGCUGCUACAAAUCGGCCAGAUAAGAUUGACCCUGCUCUUCUAAGACCAGGAUGUUUUGAUCGACUUCUUUAUAUCAGACUACCAGAUGAAAAUGAUUGCGAGUAUAUAUUCGUUGUUCGUUUGCGCCGGAGGGCUUGUAGUUCUGAUGUAUACAUUGAAGAACUUGCUCAUCUUACUGAAGGAUAUACUGGUGCUGAAAUUAAAAAAAUCUGCAAUGAUGAUCCAACUGACGGGGUAAUAACAAUGGAUCAUUUGAGAGCUGUGAUACAAGAAGUCCAGCCAUCUGAUUAUGAGCUUUUUGAGAAGUAGUCUAUGGAGUUUCUGACACGUUUUUACUCAACUCCCUAUGAAAAAUAUUGGGCUCAUCAAUCUUGCUCGAGGAAACCAAAUCAUAUCUCUAUCUGGUAUGUCUUUCUCCAUUGUAGAUUUGUGGAAGAUCAUUUACGUUUUCUAUUUCUUUGUGUUAGACUAUUUGGUGAUUUUAAUAUGCUGUUUUUCAUCGUACUUCCUCUUUACCAGGAUGGCCUUCUAAUUUUGGUUGUCUCAAAAAGUAACGUCUUGUAAAUCUAUUAAGUAAUUCUUUUUUCCAACCUUCUGCUCAACUUCUCUUAACGUGUGAAGGAAAUUCAAAAGAAAACGAGUGUCUUCUAUCCAAAAUUGCAGAUACAACAGUCCAUCCGUCGCCUUUUCCCCUUCCUACACUUGUAACACAAUCAUAAUUCAUUUUAAGAGGAUUAAAUAUGUAGAAGUCCUUAAGUUAUAAACCGCACCUAACAAUUCUGCCUAUUUGAUGGGUGAAAUUGAUGGCAAGUAUUCCUUUUUUAAUUACCAUUGACAUCUUAAAGAGAAGAAAAUUUUGUUCAUUUCUGUAAUUCAACGAGUGCAAUCAAAAUAGGAGUCUUAUUCUAGUGAACCAAGAAAAUGAAUAAUUUGUGUAAUAAACAACUAUACAUCGACAGCUAGCAUGAAAUGCAUAGAUGUCAAGAACAUGAAUUUCUGAAGUCAUUCAACAUGUCUUUCCAACUCUGUCCUUGAAAUCUCAUGCCAUUUUAAACUGGAACUCCUAGGGAUUUUCCUUGCCAUUUUCCUGAGGUUGAUUAGAUCAUCAGUUAGUUUUGUUCCUAGAUUGCACAUUUGGAAAAGUGGUUUUAACGGGAACGGAUACUAAACAAGAAAAAGAAGCUCAAAUAUUGGCCGUUAUACCAUCUACUACAAUUUAAUGCUGUGUCAAACACUCGAGAGUUGUAUUUUUUUAUUUUUUUUUUCCUCCCACUUACAACCUCUUCUUUCAUUUGAAGUGUCAUCUGAAACUAUUCAUGUUAUUUGGUGGAGCAGGAGCCUAAUACAAUCUACUGUUUGUUUUCUGUACCGGCUCCCAAAAACCAUUUGACAACCAUAUUCUUCUUCAGCUGAUCUGUAUGUGACAUAUUUCCAUGUUCUCUUCAUUAAUUUUGGGUCCCAUGUUAAUUGAUCUUGCGUUUCAUUUGUAAAAGUUUGGGUAUGAGGAUUGAGAUUCUUGACUGCAUUAUUACAUUAUUCACCUACAAUCUACUGUUCGUUUUCUGUACCGGCUCCCCAAAACCAUUUUACAACCAUUCUUCUUGAGCUGAUAUUUCCAUGUCCUCUUCAUUAAUUUUGGGGUCCCAUGUUAAUUGAUCGUGCAUUUCAUUUGUAAAAGUUUGGGUAUGAGUAUCGAGAUUCUUGAUUGCAUUAUUACAUUAUUCACCUGUACAGGUAAUAUUUAGCUGAUCUGUCCAAAGAAUGGGAGUUGUAGAGUUGGGCGAUGCCCUUACCAGACAUCAAUUGUACUGAUUUUGUAGAUGGAUAUAUUUAGAAGUUAAUCUUAAAAUUAGUUGAUACAAUUGAGAUCCCUUUUUAACUUUUCGCGGCCCUCCAUAUUAGGAUUAUUUUUCUUAUUGCUCCAUUUGUUUUACGCGGAUUAAUUUAAUUUGGAAUGAUGUUUAUGAUACAAUUAGUUGGGUUAUUGCAGGCCAAUUUAUUUAUUUUUUAAAUAAAUUUUAUGUAAUAAUACCAAGAGUACAAGUAGAAAGAAUGAUAUAACUGGUUACAAACUA